AGUUGUGAGGACUUCUUCAAACCACAGAUACAUUUUCACAUUGAGAACCCAUCCAUCUGUUGUUCCAGGCAACAUUGCGUUCAGCCUGCCCCAGAGAAAAUGGGCCGGCCUCUCCAUUGGACAAGAUAUAGAUGUCUCCCCAUACACUUUUGACAAGACCAAGCAAUGCAUCGGCACUAUGACAAUUGAGAUAGACUUUUUGCAGAAGAAGAGCAUUGAUGCCAACCCGUAUGACACAGACAAGAUGGCAGCUGAGUUCAUUCAGCAGUUCAACAGCCUGGCCUUCUCAGUAGGACAACAGCUUGUGUUAAGUUUCAACGAUAAACUUUUUGGCCUGUUGGUGAAGUAUAUUGAAGGCAUGGAUCCCAGCAUUCUCAAAGGGGAGCCUGGCACAAGCAAGAAACAAAAGAUUGAUGUGGGUCUGGUUGUUGGGAAUAGUCAAGUUGCAUUUGAAAAGGCUGAGAACUCCUCUCUCAAUCUGAUUGGUAAAUCUAAGACCAAGGAGAACCGCCAGUCAAUCAUCAACCCUGAUUGGAACUUUGAGAAGAUGGGGAUAGGAGGUCUCGACAGAGAAUUUUCAGACAUCUUCCGCCGAGCGUUUGCCUCUCGAGUUUUCCCACCAGAGCUUGUGGAGCAGAUGGGCUGCAAGCACGUGAAAGGCAUCCUGCUAUAUGGACCGCCAGGCUGUGGUAAAACACUGAUGGCUAGACAGAUUGGCAAGAUGCUGAAUGCCAGAGAACCAAAGGUGGUCAACGGUCCAGAAAUCCUCAACAAAUAUGUAGGAGAGUCUGAGGCCAACAUCCGCAAGCUCUUUGCUGAUGCAGAAGAGGAGCAAAGGAGGCUUGGGGCAAACAGUGGUCUCCACAUCAUAAUCUUCGAUGAAAUUGAUGCCAUCUGCAAGCAGAGAGGAAGCAUGAUGGGCAGCACUGGGGUCCACGAUACCGUCGUUAACCAGCUGCUGUCUAAAAUCGAUGGGGUGGAGCAGCUAAAUAACAUCUUGGUCAUUGGAAUGACCAACAGACCAGACCUGAUUGAUGAGGCCCUGUUGCGACCUGGGAGAUUGGAGGUGAAAAUGGAGAUUGGUUUACCAGACGAGAAGGGCCGACUUCAGAUUCUUCAUAUCCACACAGCCAGGAUGCGGGAACACCAGCUGCUGGCUGAAGAUGUAGAUAUUAAAGAAUUGUCUGUGGAGACCAAAAAUUUCAGUGGUGCUGAAUUAGAGGGUCUGGUGCGAGCGGCACAGUCUACUGCUAUGAACAGACAUAUAAAGGCCACCACCAAAGUGGAAGUGAAUAUGGAGACGGCAGAGUCUCUGCGUGUGACAAGGGGAGACUUCUUAGCCUCUCUGGAGAAUGAUAUCAAACCGGCAUUUGGAACGAACCAGGAGGAUUAUGCAAGUUACAUCAUGAAUGGCAUUAUCCAGUGGGGAGACCCUGUAACAAGGGUGCUGGAAGAUGGAGAAUUGCUUGUCCAGCAAACCAAAAACAGUGACCGCACUCCGCUAGUUAGCGUUCUUUUAGAAGGUCCCCCACAUAGUGGAAAGACUGCCUUGGCAGCAAAGAUUGCAGAAGAAUCCAACUUUCCAUUUAUUAAGAUCUGUUCUCCUGAUAAGACAAUUGGCUUUUCUGAAACUGCAAAGUGCCAAGCUAUGAAGAAGAUCUUUGAUGAUGCAUACAAGUCCCAGCUCAGCUGUGUAGUAGUCGAUGACAUUGAAAGGCUCCUAGAUUAUGUUCCUAUUGGACCACGAUUCUCCAACUUGGUUUUGCAGGCCCUUCUCGUGUUGCUAAAAAAGACACCUCCUCAGGGUCGCAAGCUUUUAAUCAUUGGAACCACUAGCCGUAAAGAUGUCCUGCAGGAAAUGGAGAUGCUAGAUGCUUUCAGCACCACCAUUCACGUACCCAGCAUUGCGACAGGAGAGCAGCUGAUGGAGGCCUUGGAGCUUCUUGGUAACUUCAGAGAUAACGAGCGCAGCACCAUUGCACAGCACGUCAAAGGGAAGAAAGUGUGCAUUGGAAUCAAGAAGCUGCUGAUGUUGAUCGAGAUGUCAUUACAAAUGGAUCCUGAGUAUCGUGUGAGAAAGUUCCUGGCACUCCUAAGAGAAGAAGGGGUUAGUUGUGCUCACUGAGUGGAGG